AUGAUUUCUUUGUUGCAGUUGGUGGUAAAUUUGGCGCUAGUAAUAUAUCAUGCGUUGGAUUAUACGCAUUCAGAGGACGAGGAACGGCUCAUAUCGCCGGACCUCGAGGGACUUAUCACAGAGAUGACGGCGUGUGAUACCACAGAUGAUGACGAAGAAUGCGGUGCACUAUCCGAAGGUUCAGAGACAUCAGAAUGCGGUCGGGCGGAUACAGACGACGAGGGUAUUGAAAGAGAUUCGGAGCCUGCUCCGAGAAGACGGCGCCGGCGUAGACGGUUUAUGCUCAAAGAUGUCAUAGAGCGCUGCGUCUGGCACUGUGGCGGCGGCGGGCGCUGUGCCCGCGAAGCUGCUGCAGCGCACUACCGCGCUGUAUGUCGCGCCCUCGUCGCUGAAGCGCUAGAACUGGCCUCCUUCCUCGCGAGGGUUCGGGUCGGAGGAGCAAGGGACAUGGGAGCCGCUGAGGACUCCGCCGCGCAUCUCGACACGCUACGGUUUUCAGACUGGGCGCGGUUUUGGAUGCAAGUCAUCGGAGAGUUACGGAUGGGUGUAAAAUUAAAGAAAGUAAAUUAUUCAAGGACACCAAUAGAGUACGAGUUAACGCCGUACGAAAUAUUAAUGGACGACAUUAGGUCCAGGAGAUACACGCUUAGGAAAGUUGACGGCGCGAUACCUCCAAGUGUAAAGAAAGACGCUCAUGCAAUGAUACUUGAGUUCAUUAGAAGUCGACCUCCACUCAAAAAGGCGUCAGACCGCAAGUUGCCGCCACCCCGCCGAGAAGUAACACCAAGAGAGAAACUCCUCGCGUCCAUCCAAGUGGGGAGGCAACUCCGACCCACUCCUUACUCCAGGAGACUAUACAGCAUUCCUGCAAUAUACACCACUUCUCAAGGCUCCCUUCACGCCAUCAAGGCCGCCUAUCCUACUCCUAAUGAUCACUUAUCUGUCUAUCUGCUCGACAUGGCACGAUUCUCGACAAGUGGAGCCGGUAGUGGUCCAGGCGGGGGCGACUCAAGGCGAGGCGGUGACGUCACGCCGCACGCGCAACCCCAGAGGCGACUUAUCAAAGUGGACUUUGAUAAUCUUGAGGACGAUGAAGAUGAGGAUGACACAGAAACUUGCACAAGCCCUGAAGUAUGCGCACCACAACCUUUCCCAAGGCACACAGCCCCACAGCAACAAACCCCCAAACCUUGGAAGAGGACCGAGGAGCCUCCACGGGCGCCGCCGCGCACGCGCAUCUCCCACGACGAGUACCACCAGUUCUGCGACCAGACCCUCGAAUCAUAUGAUCUGGCGACGCAGUGCCCAUCACGGCGAGCGUCAAUGCGACGUCAUACCGUCACGCACACCGUCUGCCCUACCACCAUCGAUGGAGCUCACUCAUUGCCGCAUUCAAGGCCGGGAUCUCGUGCAUCAUGCGCCGGCGCAGCAUCCCUGGCGAGCAGCGACGCAGACGCACAGCUCGGGGAGUUAUCCUGGUCACGGUCUAGUUUGCAGGACGAGCUUAUCAAGUCGGUUAGUGGCAGCCCCAACAAUGGCUCGCAUAAACAGUGGCAAGAUGCCAUAAUGUCUGACGACCGGUUGUCUCUGACCCUGGAAGAGAUUGUUCACAUCAGGUCUGUGCUGACGAAGGCUGAACUGGAAGUAUGCUUCUUGUGUUUGAAGACCAGAUUCGGAAUUUUUGGUCCUUGGGGCCAGAAAUGCAAACUUUGUAAAAAGACUGUCUGUCAAAAGUGCUGUUCAAAGAGCAUGGUAGAGAACAGUGUAGGCAGUGCGCCGAGUAGCCCGGCGGCGCCGCGUCGCGCGACGACGGCGGCGUGCGGCGGCGCGGGCGCGGCGGCACACAGCGCGCCCGGCUCGCGCGGCGGCUCCGCGCUCGGCUUCUCCGACCAACUGUCCGUGCCGCCGCACGCCAUGUCGCGCAGCGUCGACGGCCCGCAGGCCAUGUCGCUCGUCAACACUCCACCUUCAACGCUGGACCGCAGAGCGAGGUACGGUCGCAGUACGACGGGCGUGACGGCGGCGGAACGUCUCCGAGGCGUGCAGAUGGCGGUGUGCCACGACUGCAAGGCGAUGGUCCUGCAGAUCAUCAAGUCGUCGCGCGCGUCCCGCUCCGCGUCCCGCGACCGCGCGCUGCGACACCUCACGCUGGACCUGGCGCCAGUCUACACGGCCGACUGUUAGUGCACCCGCCACUCCCUCCAGCGGCACUCCGCCAUACUGUGACCUGCUAAUAAUAACAACGGCUGGCCCCGAGUGCAUCUACCAUUCAGAAGCUGUAGUAAAAUUGGUGUAUUCAACCCUCAAACUCUGUCACACAAUCGAUUCUACUGAACUUUAAAAACAAAUCGGUUCAAAGUGAAUUCGUAUACUAGUGCACUCAAGACAUUUCCCGCCUCUUGUUAGCAACACAGUGUUACGUCAGAUGGAUGUUAGCGCGUUCACCAUACAUUGGUCGAUUACCACCGGCUCGCUGGUGCCAGUGGGAUACAUCUCUACGUGUUUCUACUGCGACGCAACAUAGAUAGUAUUGGAUGAUCGUCAAACGCCUUCAAGCUUUUAUUCCCAUACACCCAAACUAUGUUAAUUUAUUCAUUACCUCACGAAUACUGCAAUCAAAUCAUUCUGUAGUUAAUAGAAGUACUACCACGAACCUAACAAUAGUAAGCACCAGUCAAUUUUAUUUUGUAUCAAUCAAGUGUCUUUUUACCUAGAUUAUAUAAAACUCUGUAUUUAAUUUUUCAUAUUGUUAUUUUUUUUAAUAAGAAAUCAGAAUUGUCUGUCAUUCUUAGAUUAAAUUAUUAGAUAAAUCCGAUAUCUACAUAAUAACCUAUGUAUUUAAUAAUAUAUCAUUUGUUUUUAUAAUAACUAUCGUGAGACAUACUAAAUUAACUAAAAUCACGAAUUACUCACGUGAAUAUAAUGAGAAAAGCUCUACUAGUUUCGAACCACAGAGGGGUUCUUCCUCAAGAGCAGCGUGCGUCCGAUUUUAGUUAAAUUAAUAUAUCAUUUCUUUAUUCUAUAUCUACUCAACCACCUUAUAUCCUUCGAUAUAUUAAGAUUAGUUUCCAUCGUGUAAAUACUCAAUGACAUUUUAAAUUAAUAUUUAAAUCAUAGAAUAAUGUUUCAUCAGGAAUCAGUCAAUAUUGGUAUUUGUAGUAAAUAUAAAAGAGUUGUAUCGAACGGUUUGAAUCGAGCUUCCAAGGUUGUGUAGUGUCUAUGUUGUGUUUCGUACGUGGACCAUACAUUUUGUUUACACAAAAUGAACUUUGACAAUACUCUAUGACCUUUGACAGACGUUACUACCACUAUUUUUUGUUUAUCGCACAAAAUCAUAAUUAUAAAAGUCAUUAAAAUAUUUAAAUGUUUAUCCUACAUUAUCAGAGAUACCUUACAUAGUAUAUUGAAUAAAAAUAAUCUUAUAUUCCAGAAAUUUACUAAAUAAUAUUUUGUCACGUAAUAAUGAUAUGUAACUAAUAGAUAUAUUUAUAUUUUUCUCCAAAUGAUAGAAUGUUUUACUAUGUCUACAAUUUUGAUGUGAAUAAAAAAUAUGUGUGUGUUCAAAAAUAUAUUGAAAAAUAUGUAGGUACUAUGAAUGUUGUUGUAUAAAACAGAAUUAUAUUGUAAAAUGUUAUAAAAACUCGUAGAAUCUGUGUUCAAAUAAGAAAAAAUGUUUGAUACAUUUUUGAAGCAUCAAAUGUCAAAUCGACGUCUCCCUGACCCAAGCCUCAAUACUCAAGUUGGAUUCACACGUUAAUUUCAUUUAUUAUGAAGUUUUUGACAUUUAUGUCCCUCGGUAAACAUAAAAUCAGUAAAUGUUUACAUAAAAUAAUUAAUUCAAUAUUUGUAAACUAUGAAUUUAAUAUUUUUAGACAUUGAUCUUGAAUAUUUGUGAAGAUCCGACAUGAAAUUUAAUUGCAUUUUAAUUAAUUGCUAUGUGUGACAUUCAGAGUAAUUGUGUUUUCAGUAAGUUAAGUUUCCUGUGCCAUACCGAUCGAGAUGAAUAAUUUUAUCAGUGACUCGUAAUUGCAUGUGCGUAUAAUCGCAAGCAUGUCACGAAAUUGUGAAAAUCCUACGUGCCUACCUAUGAGUACAGAACAAGACCGUAUUUUGUUUUAAGUUUUCUAUUUUCUUUUCACUUAACAUUUUGGUUCAUUAAAAAUACAGAAAAUAAACAAAAAAAAAACAAAUAUUUAAUUUUCUUUAAAAAAGGUUGCGUGCUUUUGAUAAAACUGUUUUCAUGAAGGCUUUAUAGGUGUAUUUUUAUAAAGAAUUUAUUUUUUCAGUUCUUCAGUAAUUCAGAUUACGUUUGACAGUUCAGUCGACAGUAUGCAACCAGCUUAUUAAGUCUGAUUGUUUGUGUGAGAUGUAUGAUUGUGAACAAGUUGGUUAUUCCAUUCAUAUACAAGUCAAGAUCUUUAGUGCGGCGGUAUAGUAAUU